AUGACUUUCAGGUCUAAGCCCGCCAUGAAUCCCACAGUGGAGGAUGAAGUUGAUGCCAACGCCAAUCAAAAAGCCAAUUCCAAUUCAAAUGACACGCCAAUCCCUUGGUCGGAGAUCUUCUCCCGUCAUGAAGCCGUCCUCUGCUCUCACCUUGAAAUUCUGAGCAUGGUGAAGGAGCAGAUUGCUCCAGAGGUCAAUGGCUUCCAGACCGUCUCGUCGAUGAUGAACAAAACAGUACAGGCGAUGAACCAGCUGAAGGUGGCUAGAAAGCAUAUGAUGAGCAAAACUGCUACACCCUCAACCUCCUCCAACCCCACACAGUCCACUGACACAGAGGCGAAUACUCGCAAGAAAAGACGCAGAGUCUCUCGAGACAACGAGACAGCCCGUCCUGAACCCACGGACGAAAUGCGAGCCCCCAAACGACACCACGACUCUUCCUCCCAGCCAACAACCGAGCAAGAUGGAGAAUUUACGUCGACGUCACUUGGAACAGAGGAUAUCUCAGCGGAAGUCCAGCGACGGCUGAGAAUCAAGGAAGAGCAACGUCGUAAGAAAGAAAAUCCCAAGGCGGAUAAGCGCAAGCGCGACAGUCUCGUUUCGAACGAUGGUGAAUCCCCUAUUGCGUCCAGGCCUCGGAAGAAACGACUUAUGGUGGCGAAUGCGCACAAGAGGCAUGGGGAUUUGAUGGACAAUGAUGUGGAUUCUGCAAAGAAGAAAGCACGCAAAUCGCCUUAA